AAGAAUGGCGAAAGGGAAGCACAAAAAGGCUUUGAGAUCGGAGAAAGCCAAAGUGAAGUUGAAAGGAGCCAAACUCCCCAAAGGACUCAAUAUCACGAAGACAGACUUUAAGGUGAAGAAGAUCCUCAUCCGGGAGCAACUGAAAGACACUGAAACGCCGGAAGGCAUUCAAAGAGUGAACAUUAAGGAUCUCGUGAGCAAAUUGCGACACAACAACUCAUCCAUAAAGCAGGACACUCUGAAGCACGUUAAGGAGAUUCUCGCCUCAUCGCCGGAAGAUCUCUUUCCGCGACACUUGGGCGAUGUUGUGCAGACAGUGGGACAAAUGUCCUUGGAUGUGGAUAGAGAAGUGCGCCGGGAAAGUUUCAGAUGUCUUCAAACACUGCUAGAAUCCAUAGACACAUCUUUGAUGGAACCAUUCUUCGACAUGCUAUCAUCUUACUUGCGAUGCGCCAUGACUCAUCUUCAGAACAACAUUCAGGAAGAUUCACUGCUCUUGCUGGACGUCCUGCUCCAGAAUGUUCCUCAUCUCGUGGCGAAAGACAGUGAUAAAAUCUUCACAAACUUCCUCGACAUGGUGUCAAAGCUAAGGUCAGAAUCCCAGCCGGGAAGGACGUUGUCGUUGAACUUAGGGAAGAAGAUCACGGCUGUAAAGUGGAGAAUCCGCGUUCUGGAGAGACUUCUCAAGCUUUUGCAAGGAUUAAAUGCCUCCCUGAGAAUUGCAGACACGGAAACAGCUGUGAAACCCAUGCAAUUCAAUGCCGAGGGAACUUUCUACGCUCCAAUAGUGCAAAAGCCACAAGAAUUGUGGUUCGAAGAGGUUUCUGGAUUGUUCAUCAGGCAAAUGAGCUCCCUUAAGCAGAAGACAGCAGCCAAAGGGACAGAUUUUAGUGAAUCCCAGAAGAUUAUCUACUAUGUGGAGCAAAUGGUGCCUCUCUUGGUGGAGACUUGGCUGGAGAUAAGACCGCAAAACACAGAGGAAGGUGAUGUGGCCCUUGGUCAGGAGGCAGCAAGCACAAUUUCACUAAUUGUUGGCAUCCUGGAGGAGCUCUGGAAUAUGGUUGUGCGAUGCGAUCAGAAGAGUCAAACCACAGAAAUGCAAACUUGGCUGAGAAAGUCCUACAAUAGAGACUUCUGCCAAGCCUUCAUGACGGGAUUUCCGUACAAUUUCACAGGAAAAGCUCGUUCUGUGUCUGCUCAAGAAGAGAAUCUGCGUUUAUGCUAUCUUUUCUGCUGUCUCAGCGACUCAUCUGGCGGGACAAAUGCAAAGCUGAGUGGAAAGAUAAUUGAUUUCACGAGCGCCUCCCUGACGACAUGGCGGAGCCAGACUCCAUCGAGUUGGGCAUGUUUGCACAAAGUAUUGCGGAUUGUUUUGGUGGAAAAUGGGAAAAGUUGGUCCACGCGGAGUGUGGCGCAUUUGAGGAAACUUUCUCAGAAAUUACUCGACGUCCACACAAAGGCAAAGCUCAGCAGUGAAUUGAGUGGGGCAAUUCUUGUGCUCAUUUCUCAUGCUCUUUCUUCGGAGGAGAAGUGCCUGGUGGUCAAGGAAACCACUGAGCAGUGGUUUCAACAAUUGCGCUCUGUGCUUGCAAAUGCUGAGAAGAUGCCACAAAGUCUUGUGGACGCUCUGGCCAAAUUGUACACAAUUAGCAGGGAGUUUGUGAACUUCUUGAGUGAUCAACUUCCUGAUAUACUCAGCAAUAUAUCGAGGAUGGAAAUUACUGAGAGUAAAGAUGACGGAAUGGCAAAGAGACAAUUAGUGAAUUUCAUCUACUGGCUUCCCGGGAGAAUUACAGAAGAUCACUUAAAUCUAAUAGCGGAUGAAGACCUGAGACGAUAUGCAACGAGCCUGAAUUCUUUGAAGAAAUGCUAGUGUUUUAUAUGGACAAUAAAUAUUGUAAAAUAACUCACCAAAAUGAUGAAUUUAGAAUGCUUGUGAGAUGACAUCGCUGCCAGAGACGAUGGUAUUUGAUG